AGGCUGGUCCAUCCCACGGACACCGGAGCCACUGGAUCACAGGAGCACCAACCCACCCGCACCGAAGGACACUCUCUCCACGACGCGGACAGGCUCUUCCACAAGGCAUUCAUUGCAUCGAAAAAUAAGAGUUGGCACCAUGCUAGCCUGCACAGAGAUGAUUACCAUGUGUCUUCAAUCUGCCAAGCACGAACACUUGAGAAAGCAGCAGGAGCUUGACCAGAACCAAAAUCAAGGCAUCUCUAUUUUCCAGGACAUAUUCCGCCGGGCAGACAAAAAUGAUGAUGGAAAGCUGUCCUUGGAGGAGUUCCAGUCGUACUUUGCUGACGGUAUCCUCAACGAUGAGCAGAUGCAGGAGCUGUAUCACUCCAUUGACAGGCAGCAAACGGACAACCUCGACACAGAAAAGCUCACAGAGUACUUUACUCCACACCUGGGAGAAUACGUCAAUGUUUUGUCUGCACUGGAAAAGCUGAACGUCGCUGUCCUAAAGGCCAUGGACAAAACUAAAGAGGAAUAUCAGGGCUCCUCGGUGCUGGGUCAGUUUGUGACCCGCUUUUUGCUGAGGGAGACCUCCACUCAGCUGCAGUCCCUCCAGUCGUCACUAGACUGCGCUAUGGAGGCCGUGGACGAGCAGAGCUGCAGGGGACAGAGGAUACUGCAGAAGCCCGAGGAUCUGCCCAUCCAGAGGGUGGCCAAGCGCCCCAGCCGACGCAUCCAGAAGAACAUGUGUCUCUCCCCUACGGACCCUUACUCUGGCAUGCUCACCACAGGGGUCAGCGUGGAGCCAGACAACCACUGGAGCUCCCAGAUCAACCGGCUGCAGCAGCUCAUAGACAAACUGGAGUGUGAGAGCCCACAUCUUGAACCUCUCAAAGAGGACACAUUAGCAGGCACAUAUAAAUCGAACAUUCUUCUGGUCCAGAGGCAAAUGUCUGUGAAGGAGAGGGAGGUGGAGGAUUUUCAAGAAGCUCUGAAGAUCUACACAGAUGCCACGAGCAGCCAGCCAAACAACCUGCACAUAUCAAUCCAGAACCUGCCUGACAGAUCGUGCUUCAUCAUGUACGAGUUCUGGCAGGAUCGCCUGUCCUGGAUGAGCUACCUGCAGUCGCCCAUCAGUAAGACCUUCCAGCGCUGCAUUAUCGACUCGCUGGAGGAGCCAGAGAUGGUCUCCACCAUGCUCCUCCCAGCCUCUUGGUGGAUUAUGAACAACAACUGACAGGGCAAAGCUGCUGCCGCUCAACACAGCUGAAGUAGGAGGAAGAGGGGGUUGUGUUAUUGUAUUUAUUUGUUUGUUUCUAAUGGUUCCUUUGACCUUCACUUUUUCCUCAUGGCAUGACCGGGAUCGUUUCUGCAAAACUACGCUGCGCUGUUCCAAAAAAGAGAAAAAUCCUAUAUAACUCAGACUGCUUAGCUGAGUCAGUCACCAAACAAAACAAUAAAAAAAAAUCUUGGGGAGAAACAACUGAGAUGAUGCAAUAUUUUUUGUGUUAUUGGACUUACUGUGCCAUUGUUAAUUUCACAAUAUUGGCACAUUUCUUACGAAUCAUUUACUCUUUCUGAUUUGUAAAUAGAGAGGCAGCGAAAACAGAAAAAAAAAAAUGAAAAAGGUACUUGCAUGAUUUCUAACUUCUCAGUGCUAGUUUAUUUCAGUCAGUCAAGACUACAUCUUAGGAUAGAUGAAUAGCGUCACCCGUGCCACAAAAAUAGAAACACAUGAUCAACCAUCACUCAUUCUUCAGUACAGACAAAAAAAACAAAAAAAACAAAACAGAAAUAGCGGUAGGGUUAACCUGCAUUUCCCCUCGUUCUCUCAGUGGUGUUGUGCAAUGUCGUCUCCUUCAAAGCUUUGCAACCAGGCAUCUUUAUGCUGAUGGAUUAGGUGGCUGUUAGGUAGAAUGUAGAUAAUGAAUGGUUUUGGUCCACACCUAAACUGUUACCAUACGUGUAUGACUCCUGCACUUUAGUUAAAUAUGAACCAUGGACCUAAUAGUUUGAACUGAAGAUAUUUAUCGUAGAUUCUCUUCUGAAACGUCGGGAGUCACCCUGUACUGUAAACGUCCAGCUGUUUUAAUCCUGUCAAGAACAAAACACACUGCACUGGAGUGUGGUGAAGCUUUAGCGGACUAUUAGGAUCAAGCAAAUAAUCGUGCGGACUGACGGUACUGUUAUUGUAGAGAUUAAAUGAAAACCUUCAAAGCCAUUAUUUUGCAUUCACAGCGUCUAUUCACAAGAGUUGUUUUGUGGUACACACGAAUAGAGGUUUAUACUUUGUGUACAAAAAUUAAGCAAAAACUGUUAUACAUAAUGAUAUUAGAAAGAGAGUCUAUUAUAAAGAGUUGUACCGCAGGUGGGGAAGAGGGAAUUGUUGUAAAUGUAAAUGUGCAAUAGGAUAUUGAGCUUUGACUGUUGUGAUAUGGGGGAGGAAUGAAUGUGUCCACGUUCUCCUUUGUGAGUGUUCAUCGUUUCUUUUAUGGAGAAUAUACAGUUGUUAUGUGGAUGCUAUGUUUAUUUUCUGGCAUGAAAUAAAAUUCAUGACAUGAUU